AUGAAAUUAUUAUUUAUAAUUUUAAAUAUUUUAUUAAUUUGUACAUUUGUAAAAUGUCAAUUACCAAAAAAUAUUUAUGCAAAUUUUAUUCCAUAUGGUGUUGAUAGUAGUUGUUCAAGUGAAGUUAGUGGACUUGGAUUUAGUUUCCAACCAGAAAAUUGUUUUUAUAAUAUAGCACAUAAUGGAUUAGUACAAAAAGAGAGUAGUUUUUUAGUGAUAGUUGAUGCACUAAGAGUUGGUGUAGCUCAAUUUGACAAUUAUAAUAAUAACAGUUGUUCAGGUAACUUUGUCAAUGCAAAUUCAUACAAGAACGGUUCAUGCAUUCAAACACCAGGUUUCAUUACAUUCAAUGGUUCAAUUAAUUCAUAUCAAUUAUCAAAUCAAUAUUCAUUGGUAACAAUUACAAAUUCACCAUUAUACAUUGCAAAUACUCAAGUUUAUUCACAAUUUGAUAAUGGUGGUUAUAAUGGUUGUGGUAGUAGUAGUGGUAAUAGUGAUAAUAGUGGUAAUAGUGCUAAUGAUAGUGGUAGUGAUAGUUCAUCAUCUUUAUAUUAUAUGACUUAUUCAACUUCUGGUUUAAAAUUCUCAUCAAAUGAUUCAAAUGAUCCAAACAGCGUAACAAUUCAAUGCUCAAACGGUAAUGCAAGUGUUUUAAUAUGCAAAGAUGGUGAUGAUUCUUCAUCUUCAUCUUCAUCUUCAUGUAGUCAACAAGAUGUAACAAUGCCAUGCACUCCUGGUGAUGAUAAUUUUAAUGAAGUUUUUUGUACUCCAAAUUAA